GACGCUGGGUACAUCGGUUUUUCCUCCCGAUUUUCACUUUCAUUCUCGUUUUUUUGGCCGAGGACUACAAUCCAUCCUCCCCUCGCGUGUGAAUAUGGUGUGCAGUCGCGAGCGUUGAAGUUUAAUUUGUUUUUUUUUUUUCCUCCUUGGCCCAAUAUACUGAAAGUGAAGUGGUCGAGUGUACGUGUAAUACGCACUGCGUAUGCUGCUCACGUGCCGGUUCGCAUCAAGUUUGGCUGAAUGAUAAAAGACAUCUCACUCUCCAACGCCAAGAAAGCGCAGAGGUUAAAAAAAAAUUCCACCAGACGGUGAUAAAUCAGGAACAAGAAAGAAUAAUUGAAAAUGGGCGAGGCGAACGGACCAACAAAGCCAAUUCUCUUCUCCAUAGGAUCCUACAAAGAGGAGAAAAAGAAGAUCAACAAAAUAACCCCAGCCAAGCAUUUUUCGGUGCCCAACAGCGUGCCCCCGAGCCCAACGCACUACAAACCUCGCAGACUGACCCUAAGAGACCGGCCAGUGUCCCUCGACAUUACCGACGCACCUCCGUUCAAGAGUCUGCAGCAGCAGUCGUCGCACAAGCUUACCUUUCAAAAUGGUAGCCGAGUCACGAGUCCCGACGAGAUCGACAAACCAGCCUGUCCACCCUCGGUGCACAAUGGCAAUGGGUGCCCCGUUGUACCAGAGCACCUGGAGAUGCUCGAAAAACCAGCCCAUCCACCCAAGCUCUACACAAGGUCAUAUUCACUGGAACAUGAUCAGUUAAGGCACUCGGGCAAGGUCGCCUUGACGAUCGCUGCCUACGAGGGCGAAUGCAGGACACCCACGCGCAUGAGUUUUUUGCCACCCCAGUCACGAUUAUCGCGAUCAAGCUCGAAAGCGAGCGAUAUUAUCAUAUUGGAGGAAACGGACUGUACGGAUGGGCCAAUUUUGAAUCAAUUGCAGACCGAACUUGUUGCGACCCUGAAGAGAUCAAACUUGAAGAAAAGGCACGAUUCCUUCACGAACGAAACCACAGCUGAUGAGUCUAAAGUCAAUGAUGAGCCAAAGGCUGAUAUCGUGAAAAAUGACGAGAAAACGAUAACAGAAGAGGACAAGAGCAUUAGCGGUGAUGCUGAAAAUAUGAACAUCAACGUCAAACAAUUAACGACGGAACUUGGCAAAACAUUGACGUUUAAAUUGAACCCUGAUGAAUCCUAGAAUAAUCUUGCACUGUCACGCUGGAUAAUUCAUGCAAUAUACCGGAUACCAUUUAAAUUCCUACACUAUGUAAUUAUUAUAUUAUUUGUCUUUGUUCCUUUUACGAUCGAUAGUAACUGCUGGAGGAUUUUUUCCUUCGUUUAUUAUGCCGAUGUGUUAGUUUACGAUUUUUUAAAUUGAGUACCUUUUUAUUGAGGUACAUUCUAUUUGUUGUAUAUUACCUAAUUGAGAUGUCAAAUUAUUUUGUUAUCAAAAGUGUACAUAUGAUUGUUACCUUCGUUAUUAGAAAUGAGACUAAGUGUUAGGAAAUGUUCGUUAUUGUUUAUAUAUAACGCCACGCAACUUAUUCGCACCGAUUAAACUGUGCAAAUUUCAUUAUGAAUGGAUGUCCUUUGAAAUACAAAGGUAAUAAUUUUAAAUAUUAUAAAGUGAUUAU